AGUGUGGGAUUUGCAGAAAAUGGAGUAGGCUAGUCGAAAUUGAGCAAAGAGAAUAGUAUUUUUUAAGAUAUUCCUGAUAUCAUGGAAUUGUUGUGUAGUGACAAGUACUACAUUCUUCGUCAAAAUGAUAGAUCUUUAUGGUGUAGUCGUAGCACUGGUAGACUAGAAGCUGUUUUAGGUGAUUAGUAUAUUAAAAAUUUCUUCAGCUGUUCGUUUUGGUAUACAUUAGUUUAAAAAAGUUCGAUUUUAUUACUUCAGGAACUGAUUUACCUGCUAAUACAAAUCCAGAUGAUGUAACGUGUCUAGGAAAAGUGCAAGGCGUUAUCGGUAAAAUUAAACUUCUUCCAGAGUGUGAUUGGAAACUUAUUUUAAUACUCAAGUUGAAAAAUAUUGGCAUUAUUCACUCCGAUAUUGACGUAUCUAGAAUAGAGAAAGUCCACUUAUUGUCGUUAGGUGAUGAGCCACCGGGUGAAUUCGAAAGAGAGGUUCAAAAAUUACUUAAUUAAUUAUAAUCAGAAACUAUAAUCAUUAAAUUAUUAUACAGGCUUGCGAAAAGCAUCCAGCAGGUCAUUUAAACAAGCAGAAAUCUAACAAUUUUAAAUCAUUAAAUAAGAUAAAAACAUUUGCUGAUAAUCUCACAGCAUCGUCAAGAAAGGUUUGUUACGAAUAUAAAUUUAUAUUUUUCUUAUUUAUAAUCACCGCAAUGUACCUAUUGCCAACUGUUAAAUGAAUAAAAUUUACAGUUCCAGGAACAAUUAACACAGCUGAGUACUAAAGUAACGGUUGAAACGUUACAGGUUAUUAUAAAUGUUGUAGAUUAUAAAAAAUAUGAACAAAUAUUAUGUUCACAUUUCUUUUAUAUUUGUAUAGGUAAUUGUAUAGAUAAAUCCUUUAGAUUUAGGAAGGCUUUGGAUUCUAUUGUUUUUUAAACUCAUCUCAUGAGAAUUAACAUUAAUAGUUUUAAUAAAUAUAUAUAUAUAUAUAUAUAUUUAUAUAAAAGAAUAAACCUAGUUAACAGCAUUGCAUCUAUUUCCUCUAUUAUCGGUGUCAAUUUUUUACGGUGAUAUCGUUAUUGGGGCCUCCUCCCCCUACUCUACAUUUAUUGCUUCUAAAUGCCUGUACAAAUAAUAUUGUUAUUUACAGUGUGCUUCUACUAAAAUAUCCAUAGUAUUUAGUUCUAAUUUAACAUCUCAUAGAUUAUGAAACAAAACUCAGUGCAUAAUCAGAAGAUGUAACCUAAAUUCUAAGUUGAUAAAAUUCUAUACACUGUAAAUAAUUUAUAUUGAAAUACUGUGACAAAACUAAUAAUCGUGCAAAAAAAAGGCGACUAAUCUCCCUCUCCCCCCUUCAAUUGAUAAUUGUUUCGUUUAUUCAUUUAUACGAAGUAAUUUAAAAUUUUCCCCUUCUUAAAUUUAUAGAGAGAAAGAGUUAAAGAAAAAGAUAAAUUGGAGAAAAGACAUAAAGACGAACUGCUAAAAUUAUUUAAUGAAUCACAAUCGUUUUACAUUAGUAAUGGGGAUUUAACAAAUACUCUGCAAAGACAACAGACGAACAAAGAAGGAAGUUAUCUAUGGAAUAUAUCCGAUCAAAGAUUCAUUUGGAAUGCUCAUAUGAUGAACGAUUUAGUUGAAAAAAGCCUUAUUGAUUAUGAUAUUGUUAUGCCAUGGCUAAUUCCUGUAAUACAGGGAUUCGUUCAAAUAGAGAGAAUCUCGGUGCAACAGGAAGAUCCGAGCGACAAAUCCAAAGAGAUAGAAGUGGUAAUAAUCUCUAGGCGUAGUAGAUAUCGAGCAGGAACAAGAUACAGGAGACGAGGGGUAGACGGAGAGGGAAAUUGCGCUAAUUAUGUUGAAACUGAGCAGAUCGUGAAACACGGCGAUCAUAUUCUAUCUUUUGCCAUUAUACGAGGAUCAGUACCUGUCUUCUGGACUCAAAAUGGAGUGAAAUAUCGUCCACCACCAAAAAUUCUAGAGAAGGAUGAAGAAAACGAAUCAGCAUUUAAAGCCCAUAUAGAAUCCCAAAAGAAGAUAUAUGACAAACUAAUAGCCAUAAGUCUUAUAGAACAAAGCGGAAGAGAGAAAGUACUACAUGACGAAUUUUUAAAGCAAAUUACAAAGUUUAAUGACGAAAGUUUAGACUUUAUAGCAUUUGAUUUUCAUGAAUACUGUAGAGGAAUGCAUUUUGAAAACGUAUCGAUUUUAACAGAAAAUAUUAAGCAACUAACUAAAGAUUUACAAUUCUUUUGGAAAAACAAUAAAAAAUCGCUCAGUAAGCAGAAAGGAAUAUUUAGAGUUAAUUGCGUUGACUGUCUCGAUAGGACAAAUGUAGUUCAGAGUUGUUUGGCCAAAAUUAUACUGGAAGUUCAAUGUAGAAAAAUUUUAGUUCUACAACCAGAAGAGCAAUUAACAGCCAACUUUAAAUCGAAGUUUCAACAAAUGUGGGCUAACAAUGGUGACGCAAUUAGUAGGCAAUAUGCUGGUACUGCCGCUUUAAAGGGAGAUUAUACAAGAACAGGCGAAAGGAGAUUUGCAGGAGCAUUUAAAGACGGCGUAAAUAGCGCAAAUAGAUAUUAUCUCAGUCAAUUUAAAGAUCUCAGUAGACAAGUUAUGAUGGACUUAAUGUUAGGAAAUAUUAAAGCUGAUGCUAUGUGCAAUUCUACUGCUGAUUUAUUGGAUAAACAGGAAGAUGCUGAAAGAGAGGCUGAAAAUUUACGAAGUUUUAUAGGUCAUUGCACCAAAAUGUUCAUUUGCGAACCAGAAAGCAUUGAAGGAGGCUGGGGAUUUAUAGAUGUUGAUCCUGGAACGGGUGAUCCUCAACAAGAUGACAUGGACGUGGUCAUUCUGCUCUCUCAGCGUUCAAUUUUCGUUGUUCGAUACGAUGAUAGAACCGAUAACAUUUCAAAGUCUCAAGAAAUUUUUAUAGAGGAUUUGCUCAAGGUUGAAGUUGGAACUCUGAAAAUUCGUUCAAGUCCGAUCGUUAUGAGAUUAUUUUAUACGAGCGGAGAUGUUGAAUAUUUUUAUACCCUCCGUCCUGCAAAAGUACGAUUAUUUAACAAUAUCCAUUUAGUAAUUGACACAGACGAAAAAGCACUAGAGGCCCUAAAAGUUGUUACUGAAUGCUUACAAGCCGCUAGAUCUAGAUUUAAACAUGACAUUCCAAUCUUGGAAAAUAGGAGAAUUGAAAGAAAACGCAGUCCUCCACAUUAUCUAAAAUGUAGAGAUCAUACAAGUGAAAAAAAUUUGUCCCUUGUUGAAUGUCCAAUGUCGAGAGAUCCUUCAUACAAUGACUUAAAUAAGAGAAUGAAUGCCAUUGAAGAGCAAUCUGUAAGUUAUCAAAUGAAUGAAUCUGAAGAUUGCUCUGUCCAAAUAUCUUUGGGUCCAAUUUCAAGCUCAACUGAUAGAUAUACUUCCAAUCCUGAAUUGUCAAGAAAUGCAGGUUUAUUAACUGCUCAAUCUUGUCAUCCAAAUUUAGAUAAAAAAAAGUCUGUGUCUACAGAUAAUUUAAAAAAUGAAAAUACUGAAGAUGAUAAUAAAACAACUGAGAGUGAAACUCAAGAAAGCUCAGCUAACAGCUGUGAGAAUAACAAGAGAAAAAAUUUGAAUUCCCCGCUAAUUAAGGUGUCUCAUAGCGAGAGUUCAUUAAAAAGCCAUACAAUACAGACAAACGAAGCAACUAAAUCUAUAUUACCAUUCAAAAAAUUAGGAUUAUCUUUUACCAAUAACAAAGAGAAUAGACAACAAAUUUUAAGAGAUAUGGCAAAAAGUAAAGUUGAAAAGUCUCAAGAGAAUUACAAAGAGCUAAAUUGCAAAGUAUUAUUGCUGUAAAUUUGACACCUAUUGCUUAUUUUGUAAUUGAUAAGAGCCUGUUAUAUAUACGAGCUAUAUAAUAAUAUUGUUAAUUAUGAAUUAUGCCAUUUCAAAUAUUAUAUAUUCAUAUCUUUAUAUUACAUAUCUAUUUCUUUCAUAAAAAUUUAUUUUUAUUUUAAGCUACAUAUUUCAAUUUUCAUAGUAGCUUGUUAACUGAAACAAUGAAUCUUAAUGAUAAAAUAAUCUACUUUUUCAAUUCGUUAUAAUGAGAGAAAUUGACUAUGUA